AUGCUGCCUACACCAGACCUUAGUCACUUGACGCGUCAGGACUACGAACGUGUUUAUGAACCUGCUGAGGACACUUUCAUUCUGCUUGAUGCACUCGAGAAAGAUGCAGAGGAGUUGCGUAAUGCGAAACCUAGACUUUGUCUUGAGAUAGGCUCUGGUUCAGGUUGCGUAUCAAUCUUUGUUGGUCGAAUGCUAGGACCGUCCGAAUGCCUCUACCUCUGCAGUGAUAUAAAUGAGCAUGCAUCACAGUGUACACUUCGAACAGGCCAGAAAAACAAUGUAUCCUUAGAUCCUGUCGUAACCUCUCUGUCAGAUGCAUUCAACCAACGUUUGCGAACUUGCAGCGGAGUCGACCUCCUCAUAUUCAAUCCUCCUUAUGUACCAACAUUUAACGAAGAAGCCGCUGAUGCUCAAGAGGGUCGAGACAUUUCUGGAUCUUGGGCAGGUGGUGCCUUUGGAAUGGAUAUUACGGAUAGAGUUCUUGAUAACUUGAAGGCAUGCGAUAACAUCCUAUCUCAAACAGGACGCUUCUACCUCGUAGCCGUUAAACAGAACGACAUUCCGUCAAUCCGUCAGCGUAUGCAGGAAACCCAGGGACUUGAAAGUGAGAUCGUCCUGGAACGUCGUGCCGGAAGGGAAUACCUCUACGUACUCAAAUUCUUUCGGACACCGGACCUCCUGUGCUGA